GAGUCAAGAACUAGGAGGAGGAGCCUCGGGUAACUUACAUAAACAAGUUCAGACUGUACACCGACGGGAGCGACUGCGACACAAUUAAGAUAAAGGAGAGGCAUUUUAUGCUGGAAAAAAAACUACUUUUCUGACAACUAACAAGAUAGCAGUCUGACAAAGCCAUAACAGAAAAUGAUCAGUAGAAUACUUGCACAGCUGGUGGGAAGAGAAGAGAAAGACAAUGAUAACGCAGAAGAAACUGAUAACUGUGCGAACCUCCUCGAGUUUGAUGAAGGAGAAUGGGUUAUUAUAAAGAUACAUGAGAAUCUGUCACUUGGUUCCACUGACACAAACAUUCUUGAGAACCUGUUAAUCGAGCACCCCAGCAUGUCUGUAUACCAGACGAGGCCUGAUCAGGAAGACCUUGGCUCAGAUGAAGAAACAGAGGACAAGGCUAGGCCUGUGCCAACCAGACGUCACAUUUCUUGGCGGUUAGCUGCAUGGGGCAGCCCUUUGCCCUGCAGCACCAUUCUGCUCUCAGUGCAGCGUGCCAGAGUCUAUAAUGAGCACAGAAAACUGAACCGUGGUGCCCUCAACAGGCAAAACCUCUCAAGAACACGCUGCUCACCUUCAGAGCGCAGCUAUGGCUACUUCAAACAGCCCACUCAGCGCCUGUACAACUACUGAGAAAAAAAACUGAAUCUGAAACCACUGAACAACCAGCCUUGUGAUAUAUGAAUAGUUAUUUUUAGGAGGUAUGUUUGCAAAUCAUGCCAUGAAACCAUUCCCCUGUGAGACCAGUAUGGAUUAAGAAAAAACGUUUUGUUAAAUGCAGUGUAGUAUUAUUUUAAGGAGAAAGUCUCACUGAUAGUCUGACACUGAAAUAACUCUGAAAACAAGUGUUACAAAAUUGCAAGUAAUUUGCAUUGAUAGUCAAGGAUUUUAAUAUUUUUAAACAAUGUAAUGUUGUUAGUGUGAAUCUGUAUUUAAGCUUAACUGUGACUGGUGCAUGAAUGUUAACUGAAAAAAAAAAAAAAAAAACUUAACUUUUGAAGCCUACAAUAAAAAGUGAAGACUGUACUGUACUGUACAAGGCAAUGCAUAUUUUUUUUUACAUCAAAUAUUAAGGUGAUAUUCUAUCUUAAUGUUACUCACAUGACAAAGCGUUAUGCUGUGAUUUACUGCCAGGGAUUCAUAUUGUUACAAAUGUUUUGACUUUGUAUGUUUAAAUGCUUUUUUUGGUGUCGCUUUAUUUUGUAUCUUCAAGAAAAUGUUUGAUAAAACCUUUUAAAAGUGAAAAAAUAAAUAUUUUAUUUGCA